CUGCCCUACUAAAAAUUCAUAAACUCAAAUCAAAAUAAGAGCAAAAUUAAUUUUAUGUGUAUGUAAAUAAGCUAGUGAACGAUAAAAUGGAAGUGGAAUACGACGAGUCCGGCUGGCAGGGCCGCGCCAAGGGACAGUCCAAUCCGGAGGAAAUGCUCGAGGAUAAUCCGCAAAAGACGAUCCAGGAGUGCCUGGAGAAGUUCCUCACACCCGACUACAUCAUGGAGCCGGGGAUCUUCACGCAGCUAAAGCGCUACUUCCAGUCGGGCGGCUCCCCGGAGGAGGUUAUAUCGAUGCUGUCGGAGAACUACAAGGCGGUGGCCCAGAUGGCCAACUUGCUGGCCGAGUGGCUAAUCCUGGCCGGCGUCAAGGUGACCGAAGUGCAGGCCAUGGUGGAGAAUCAUCUUAAGGAGAUGAUCCUAAAGUCCUUUGAUCCCAAGAAGGCGGAUACCAUCUUCACGGAGGAGGGCGAGACGCCCGACUGGCUAACCGAGAUGAUUGACCAUUAUACGUGGCGAUCGCUAAUCUACCGCCUGGCCGAGGAGUAUCCCGACUGCCUGAUGCUCAACUUCACCAUCAAGCUGAUUUCGGAUGCGGGCUUCCAGAGCGAGAUUACCUCCAUUUCGACGGCGGCCCAGCAGAUUGAGGUCUUCUCGCGUGUGCUCAAGACCUCGAUCGUCAAGUUUCUAAACAAUCCGGACGAUGUGCAUGGCGCCAUUCAGGAAUGCGCCCGCAUGGUGUGCCACGGCCAGCACACGUACGUCUAUUCCCAGGUGCUUAUCCAGGUCCUCAGCCAGGAGCAGAAGGGCGGGUUCAACAUGAAGCGCCUCUCCCAGGAAAUCAUCAAAUACGCCCUGCAAAACAAUCAAAAUGUGACGCCCAUAACGAUGGCCCUAAAUGGUUCGGCGGUCUAUCCGCAGGCCUGUCAAGCGCUGACUUCCAUGCUCACCCGCAACACACUCAAUCCCGCCGAUAUCACCGUGCUGUUUCGCAACUACUCGGGAUCCGAUCCGCCGCCCAUCGACUUGAUACGAAACCCACAGUUUCUGGAGCUACUGGUAGACGCCCUCUUCCGUUCCGGCGUUAAGAUCAAUCCCGAGCACAAGCCCAAGUACAUGUUUCUGCUGGCCUACGCGUCCGCGGUAAUCGACCAACCGGCCAAGAAACGACCCAUGACCGAGCGGAUGCUGAACAAGGAGGAGCUGAAGAGCACAAUUCAGGCUAUAGAGAAGGCUCAUACCAUCUGCAAUGUGGACCAGGGCUCCACCGAGCUGAUUGCCGAGCUGCAGACGCUGUACAAUUGCAUCAAAUAUCCAGUGGUGGGCGUGGGCGUUAUUCGGUGGAUCGAGAAUGUGGUAAUGGAACCGUCCUACUUCAAGCUCUCUACCGACAGCUGUCCCACGCACCUGGCAGUGCUUGACGAGGUGGCCGCAGUGCAUCCCACACUGCAACAGCAGAUCCUGUUCCUGCUCAUCCGCCUGUUCGAGUCCAAGCAGGAUGAGCUCGAGAUUCUCGUGCAAUUGGAGAUGAAGAAGAUGAUCCUGGACAGGAUGGUUAACCUGCUGACGCGUGGCUGCGUUGUACCCGUUCUGAGGUACAUAAAGCAGUGCUGCGCCAUCGAGGACACAGACAUUUCCCUCAUCCGGUACUUUGUCACCGAGGUUCUGGAGACCAUCACGCAUCCGUACUCGCCGGAGUUUGUUCAACUAUUCCUGCCGAUGGUGGAGAACGAGGAGAUCACCGGCACAAUGCGCGGCGAGGGCGACAACGAUCCCGUGUCCGAGUUUAUUGUUCACUGUAAGGCGCACUACACGACUGUAUAAAAGGUGGCAAAAGAAUUUGUUUUAUAGGCAAUUCCCGUGCAAAUUUUUAGUUUUCAAGUAUUUUUUUUUGUAAUACGAACAUUUGUUUCACGAUUAUUUUAGCCAACACAUUUUAAACAACAUAAUACGGAAA